GUUCAUCUUGCGAUUCGAUCGUUCAUUAGCUUUUCUGGGUUUUGAUUUUUUCUUUCUGGGGAAGUCUAAGAACAGAGAAGGUUGUGAGCGUUUCUCCUGUUGUUUCCACCAUGGGUGGUUGUCUGGCAUGUUUAUACAAGUCCAAAGUAGUUGUGUCCGAGGCUCCCAAAGAGCUACUACAUUGUACUGAACGGAGAGACCACACUGUCUCAGAGGAUUUCUGGACCAAUUUCAGCACCUUGGAUAUGGAAAACUAUCCCAGAAUUCGGUCACAGGGAAAGGUUUCGUCGAUUAGUACUUCGAACGUGACUGUUGUCGAUUCUCAGGGAGGUGGUUCCGACCCGUCUGAGUUUGUCAAUCAUGGUCUCACUCUGUGGAAUCAAACCCGGAAAUGGUGGGUGGGAAGUAAAACGAAAACGCCCAAGAUGCAUGAAAGACGUGUUCAAGAACCGGUAUUGAGUAAGAAUGUUACAUACGAGAGUCUACUCGGGAGCAACAAGCCAUUUCCCCGACCUCUUCCUCUCUCUGAAAUGGUGCAGUUUCUGGUGGAAACUUGGGAACAAGAGGGUUUGCACGGCUGAAUCUUCCUACAAAAAAACAUUUGGAUUAUGCUAUAUUUACUCGCGUGAUCGUAUAAUCUGAUCUAUAAAACCACACGGGAUCUAUGGCACAUCAUCUGUGACGAGGUUUGGGAUAGUGACUAAACAAUACAAGGAUCAUUUGCUGUCGGGAUCUGUCCUCAUUCUUGGAUCUUGUUUUCUUUAUCAUUCGUUUCGUUGAAGAUGCAAUCUUUUGUUAGAUUCUCUUUACAGUUCAACAGCGAGAUUCUUAUAACCUAAACAGAGCAUUGCAAGAUCGGCCGUUUUCAUUCGUUCA